AUGUCGUUCCCAAGAAUUCUGGUAACCGGCGUAACGGGCUACAUCACUGACGUGGACAUCAAGAACACCCAAUUGUUCGGUCUUGUGCGCAGCGAGGCACAGGCAAACGUCCUUAAGAGCAAAGUUAUCAUCGAUUCAGCGGCUACUUUGGAUCCGGAGGCCGCAAAAGCGCUGGUUCUUGGCUUAGCUGAUCGCAAGAAUGACACCGGCAAACAAACCUACUUCAUUCAUACUUCCGGAACGUCCAACCUGAGCGAUCGUCCCAUCUCUGGUCAGUACCUCGAACCAGUGCCAAGAAUCUUUUCGGACAAGGAUGACAUCUACAGCUACGAGAAGGAGAGAGAAGCGAAGGAGGAGUACGACCAACGAACGACAGACAUGGCCAUCAUCGAUACGGCGAACGAGGUCGGCGUACAGACAUACAUCAUCGUCGCACCCACCAUCUUCGGCACCGGCACUGGUCACUUCAACAAGUUUUCGAUUCAAAUCCCCGUCAUCACCCGCCAGACGAUCAAGUCCGGCCAGGCGGAGGUCAUCGGCGAGGGAAAGGGCGAGUGGGACCACGUCCAUAUCGCGGACUUGGUUCUCCUCUACGAGUUGAUCUUGGCGAAGGUCUUGAAAGGUGAGGACCUGCCUUGCCUCCAGCGAGGAAUCUACUUUGCCGAGACAGGCCGGCACACUUGGCUCGAACUCUCCCAAGGCGUUGCAGCUGCAGGACUCGAUCUGGGCGCUUUGAAGACCGACAAGGUGAAGAGCGUCACUCUGGAGGAAGCUGCACGCUGGUUCGGAGUUCUCGGACGAGGGGUGAUCUAA